UUGUCGCCCCAGCAGAUCAACUUUCUCCAAAGCCUUCUGCGCCUUCCUCAGCCACACCCAUUUCACAAGCAUGCCUACUUUCACUGCAUCCAUAAACAUUCUCUCAGGUCUUCAUCCCCCUCUCCUGCCGGUUAGAUCCACCUCCAGCAUCCUCCUCACUCAUCCUACGCCCAAACCACCUCAGUCUCGCCUCUCUUGGUUUGCCCCCUAAACUCACACAAUCACUACAAUAAAUGCAUUGAAACUCCCCAAUAAUUUACACGAGAACCAGUUUAAAGUAGUCGAGAUAAGAGAACAGAGAAUAUAGAGCUGAAUGAAAGACUGUUUAGCUUAGACACCCUUCAAAUAACGAGUUCUCUCUUACUGAGGACAGAAAAUCAUGUUUACUUGUUGAGAGGAGGCUGAGGAAAGAUUCACAGGGGUCAGUGGUGAAUGUGCACCAAAAACAUGGAACAGCAUGCAUCGCCAUGGUACAGUGACAGCUGCUUUGCUCCCUUCUGGCAACAGUACAACAUGCUGAUGAGUAAAGCACAUCGGGAUGCUGUCAGCAGAGCUGGACAUGUUGCAAGUCAAGCUAGAGCAGCCCUAAGUAGCUUGCAAAGUGGGCCACAUCAUCAUAAACAGCAAUCACUGCAACCAUCACGCAUGUCAAGAAGAGAAAAACGUUUGAGAAAAUCCCAGAGACGACAGAAGAGCAACAGAAGAAAUAGAAAUCAGAAGUUGAGUAAUAAUCCAGGGAACCAAAGUGACACAGAAUGCCUGUACUCCCAAAUGAGGCAGGGUAUGCACAUUCAAGACACCAAUGAAGACAUGGAGGUCAAUGAAGAUUUCCUUCUAUUUUUGGAACAAAGCAAGAAGCAUCGGGAGGAGUGGAAGGUUGCAAAGGUUAAGAAGAACCAGGAGGCCACACAGACAGCUGCAUCAACCACAGAAAAGGCAUUAGAACCCAAAGAACAUCCAGAUGUUAUAAGAAGUAGAGAAAUGCAAAAGCUGUAUGGUCAAGCUUCUGCAAAGAUACAAGCAAUGGAGACUGCUCUACAGCUUUCUUUUGAUCGCAAUGCCACACUACAUCAGCCUAACUACUGGCCAAACAUACCCAUCACACUUUUAUUUAGUUAGAACCUCCAAGAUUAUAAUGGAGGCAGAGAAAAAAAAAGGGUAAAGUGCAGUUAUUAUUACCAUGAGGAAAGUGGUGCAGUGUGGGUUGGGUUUUUUAAUAAAAAGUAACAACUAUUCUUGCCUAAAAAAACAUGGGGUGGGAAACAGUUUACAUCCAAAAAAUUUUGGAAGAUUUGCAGAGGAGCUGUGCUGCCUCCUCCCCCCCCCUUUUUUAUGCAAAUUAUUUCCAUCUUUUUAACCAUGAACAGUGCACCUUACCCCCCCUUUUCACUAAAAAUAGUUAAAUAUUUUGUUGUGCUUCCAUCUUUUCUACACAAUAAAACCUAUAUAUAAAAAUCUUUAUAUUUUGUGGUAGUGGGGAAAUAAGGGGAACAACAAUGUGGAAUAUAAUUUUUAUUUCUCUCACCAGUCAUUCCUCCUCCUAGUAUGCACCUGUAAUCAAAGAUACUUCUGUAACAUUGUUGUCACUGCUAGUUCACAAAGCUGUCUCCUGCAUAUGUACGAGUAUGUAUGCUGGCCACCUCUCUCUGUACCUCCCUUUAUCUGGCAAAUACACGACAAAUUCAUCAUGCAGAGAACAAUUAAAUAAGGGAAGCUGCAAAAAGCCAUCGAGCUCCUCCAUUGCCUUACUAGGUAAGGUCAUGAUGGGACACAACCCUCCAUCAGGUACCGAGAUCCUCUCACAGAACUUGGCUUGCAGGCCUGAGAUGCUCUCACAAAACUAACCUCCACCUCUGAGACCUUCGCAAUAAAGGCCUCAAGAACUGAAGGGGUCCAACACAAUGUUGAAAGCCACAUUCCGAAUGGCAGCAAGUUGAAUGACCAAGCUAUGGAUGUAACAACAAACUGUACAGCAUGCAAUGAAUGGGAGGACAAAAAACUGUAGUAUACAUGGUAUGGCAGAUGCUGUGGUUGAAACGGCAUAUAACAAGCAAUGCAAUAGGAGGACAAAGUUGUAGUACACAAGCAAUGUCAGAUGUAUAUGCAACAAUAUAUAUACAAGUAGUGCAGAGGGAGGAUAGAAAGUUGUAGCGUAUGAGAAAGGGCCAAGAGGAAUAUUAAAAUAUUGAAGCACGUGUGGAGAGGAAUGAAAUUUCUGUCAACUACAUCCCUUAAGGAUUCUUAGGAACAUGUCAUAUUGAUAGAUGUAUUGAUAGGUGAAAGAUUUAAUUCUAUAUCAAAAUAAAUAAUUAUAAUGAUUAAAGGAUAUUUAUGUAUAUCUUACAUGUGUUUAAGAAAUCCCUCCAAGGAGACAGCAGUGACAAAAAUCAGCAUGCCUUAAUAAACCUUUCAUUCAUUA